AUGGAGACUGAACCGGGAGAAUGCGCCAACUGUGGAAUACAGGCAACCAUGCAUUGCGCUGGCUGCACAGGAGCACCGGAUUAUCAUACUGGCGAUGCCAAUACAGUCCUCUACUGUGGUCGCGAUUGUCAAACAAAGAACUGGCCUGACCAUAAAUCUCAUUGCAAUAUCAUGAAGCGACGAAAGAAACUAUUGCGCACAGCUAGCAUACUUCAACGAGCCUUGUUCACGUAUCGAGACAUUCUGUACGACAUUGAUCUUACCAAAAUUGAAGAAAGAAACGGAAUACUCUAUCUGCAUCAAAAACAGAGGUCCAUUGCCGCUCAUGUCAAGCGGGGACCCUUCCCGAAUCAUCUGACCACCAAUGCCCAGCACAAAGAAGCAGCUCUCACGAUUAAUCAAUGCACAACAGCCAUGGCGUUAUUGAGUCGUCUGACACGAAAACUUCUUGCAGGCAAGUAUUCUCAAGUUUCAAUUGCUAGAUAUGAACUGUUUCUCACACAUAACAGGAGUUUGUUCGACUAUGGAGGUAUUGGACAUACGCAUCGGAAAACCGCUCCUUCAACCGAAGCUACUUCCUGGUCCUGA